UCUCUGCCUGCCUCUCCUCAUACUGACAAUGGCUGAAGCCCACCUGGGUGGAUUACAGGAUGAGUUCAUCUGCUCAAUUUGUCUGGACACCUUGACUGACCCUGUCACCAUCCCCUGUGGUCACAAUUUCUGUCUGAAGUGCAUCACAGACUACUGGGAUCACAUCCAAGAGUUCUUCUGUCCGCAGUGUAGAGACAACUUCAGGACAAGGCCUGCUCUGCGAAGAAACACUCUGCUGAAUGAAGUCAUCAAAACAUAUAAAAAGACAGGGCUCAGUUCUCAGCCAUCUAAGAAUUAUGCUAGCUCCGGAGAUGUGGAAUGUGACGCCUGUACUGGGAAGAAGUUGAGAGCGGUGAAGUCAUGUCUAACCUGCUUGGCCUCUUUCUGUCAGACUCACCUGCAGCCUCACUAUGAAAUAGCAGCCUGGAAGGGACACAAGCUGACUGACCCUGAUAGAAAUCUGAAGGGGAAGCUCUGUGAGAAACAUCAGAAAAGUCUGGAGAUGUUUUGCAGAACUGACAAGACGUGCAUCUGCGUGAUGUGUGGAAUGACUGAACACAACAGUCAUGAAAAGGUCGAGUUGAAGAUGGAAAGAGAAGGAAAACAGAAACAGCUGGGGGAGACAGAGAGUGAAAUUAGGAGAAGACUUGAGGUGAAAGAGAAGAAACUGAAGGAGACGAGGAGGACAGCAGAGGAGAUGAAGACUUUCUCAUCUCGCUGUGUCCUUCCUGCUAAUAGAGACUCACUCAGCUUCACUGUCACUGCUGAUUUCUCAUCUCAGAACCUGCUAAAGAAGCUGUCAGGUCUGACAAAGAGUCUGGAGAAGAUCGGCCAGUGGGAAAUCAUGACAUGGACUUCACCAGGUCGUGAAGCUCCAAUCUUCACCCUACAGCCUCCUGAACCUCAGAGCAGAGAGGAGUUUUUACAAUACUUCUGUCCCCUCACACUGGACAUCAACACGGCACACAGAGACCUCCAAUUGUCUGAAGGGAACAAGAAGGUGACACAUGAGGGGACAGAGACUGAAUAUCCUGAUCAUCCUGACAGAUUUGACUUCUGGGAACAAGUUUUGUGCAGAGAGGGUCUGACUGGGACUCGCUGUUACUGGGAGGUGGAGUGCAGUGGACGCCUCAUGAGAACUGGAGUUGCAUAUAAACGACUGAGCAGGAAAGGAUGGAGUGUGGAGUGCAACCUUGGAAACAACGACAAGUCCUGGAGUUUGCGGUGUUGUGAUUCCAAAUAUUCUGCUCUUCACAAUAACCAUCAGACUGAAAUCAGCGCCCCCUAUAGCCCCAGAAUAGGUGUGUAUCUGGACUGGACUGUUGGCUCUCUGUCAUUUUAUAGCGUCUCACACACAAUGACCCUCCUGCACAGGUUCAACACCUCCUUCACUGAGCCCCUCUAUCCAGGGUUUUGGCUUCAUUUAGACUCCAGUUUUAGGGUGAAAUUAAAUUUACAGGAUGGGAGGGUGGGGAGCAGCACCUCUGUGAUUGAAUUUAUGGAUGACAAUGCGGGGUGA